GGGAGGGGAACUGUUGAUGGCAGUCAUAUUUUGAAGCUGAAAUAUUAUUUUAGGUUGCAAUUUCUUUUUAUUCUCCAGUAAGGUUUGUAGAAGAUCUGGGUGACAUUGUCACAGAUGUCAACUCCUACCGACCCAUCGGGUGGAAUGUCCCACCCCGGCCCCUCUCCUGGGCCGGGCCUGUCUCCAGGACCGAUUCUGGGGCCAAGUCCUGGUCCGGGCCCCUCUCCAGGUUCUGUGCACAGCAUGAUGGGUCCCAGUCCUGGCCCACCAAGUGUUCCACACAGCAUUCCGGGCCAGGGGCCAGGGGAUUACCCACAGGAUAGCAUGCAUCAGAUGCACAAGCCCAUGGAAGGUAUGCAUGACAAAGGAAUGGGUGAGGAGAUGCACUUUGGCCAGAUGAAGACCAUGGGCAUGAGGUCGCUGCACAGUGGAAUGGGUCCUCCUCAGAGCCCCAUGGACCAGCACAGUCAAGGUUACAUGUCCCCUCACCCAUCCCCCAUGGGAGUCCCUGAACACGCCUCCAGCCCGAUGUCAGGAGGGGGGCCCACACCCCCCCAGAUGCCCCCCGCGCAGUCCGGCCCAAUGAUGCCCGUCGACCCCCAGUCCAUGGGUCAGCAGGGGCGUGGGCCCUCUGCCUUCAGCCCGGUCCAGCUGCAGCAGCUGCGGGCCCAGAUCCUGGCCUACAAGAUCUUGGGCCGGGGGCAGCCCCUGCCUGAGAACCUGCAGCUGGCAGUGCAGGGCAAGAGGAGCCUGCCGACCAUGCAGCAGCAGCCAGUCAACACCCCCUACAACAGGCCUCCAGGUAUGCCAGUGCAUCCCAUGGGCGGGCCUCCAUCAGGACCAUGUCCCGCCCCAGGAAUGCAAGGACAUGCCCCUAUGGCAGGGCCUAAACCCUGGCCAGAAGGACAAAGCGCGGAAGCUCCGAGCACCCCGCAGAAGCUUCCCGUUCCGGCCACCAGCGGGAGGCCCUCACCGGCUCCCCCGCAGCCGACGGCCGUGCCGCCGCCCAUGCCCAGCACCUCCGUUACCCAGCAGCCCCCGGGCCAGCCGUCCCCUAUCAUCCAGCUGCAGCAGAAGCAGAACCGCAUCACGCCCAUCCAGAAACCGCAGGGGCUGGACCCUGUCGAGAUCCUGCAGGAGAGGGAGUACAGGCUUCAGGCCAGGAUUGCCCAUAGAAUUCAAGAGCUGGAGAAUUUGCCUGGUUCUCUGCCCCCUGACUUGAGAACUAAAGCCACUGUGGAAUUAAAGGCCUUAAGACUGCUCAACUUCCAGCGGCAGCUGAGGCAGGACGUGGUGGCCUGCAUGCGGCGGGACACCACCCUGGAGACGGCGCUCAACUCCAAGGCCUACAAGCGCAGCAAGCGGCAGACCCUGAGGGAGGCGCGCAUGACCGAGAAGCUGGAGAAGCAGCAGAAGAUCGAGCAGGAGAGGAAGCGGCGGCAGAAACAUCAGGAAUAUCUGAACAGCAUACUCCAGCAUGCUAAAGACUUCAAGGAAUACCACCGGUCCAUCACGGGCAAGAUCCAGAAGCUGUCCAAAGCCAUCGCCACCUGGCACACCAACACGGAGCGCGAGCAGAAGAAGGAGACGGAGCGUAUCGAGAAAGAGAGGAUGAGGAGGCUGAUGGCUGAGGAUGAGGAAGGGUACCGCAAACUGAUUGACCAGAAGAAGGACAAGCGCCUGGCCUACCUGCUCCAGCAGACCGACGAGUACGUGGCCAACCUGACCGACCUGGUGUACGAGCACAAGGCCGCUCAGGCCGCCAAGGAGAAGAAGAAGAAGAGGAGGAAGAAGAAGAAAUUGGAUGAGAAUACUGAUGGCCUGGGGACCAUUGGGCCUGACGGAGAGCCGAUAGAUGAGAGCAGUCAGAUGAGCGAGCUCCCUGUGAAAGUCAUCCAGACGGAGACUGGGAAGGUACUGCAGGGGACCGACGCGCCUAAGUCCAGCCAGCUGGAGGCCUGGCUGGAGAUGAACCCUGGAUAUGAAGUCGCCCCGCGGUCAGACAGCGAAGAAAGCGGCUCGGAGUUUGAGGAGGAGGAUGAAGACGAAGUGGUCUCCAGGGCCGAGUCGGAGGAGAAGAAGAUCAUCGAUCCCAACAGCGACGAGGUGUCAGAGACGGCAGCAAAGCACAUCAUCGAAUCUGCCAAGCAGGACGUGGAUGACGAGUACAACCUGCAGACUGGUGAGACGUCCUCUCAGUCGUACUACGGAGUAGCUCACGCCGUCACCGAGAGAGUGGAGAAGCAGUCGUCGCUGCUUGUCAACGGGACGCUGAAGCAGUACCAGAUUCAAGGCCUGGAAUGGAUGGUGUCUCUGUACAAUAACAACCUGAACGGGAUCUUGGCUGAUGAGAUGGGCCUCGGGAAGACCAUCCAGACCUUAGCACUCAUCACCUACCUUAUGGAGCACAAACGGCUCAAUGGACCGUACCUGAUCAUCGUCCCUCUGUCGACUUUGUCCAAUUGGGUGUAUGAGCUGGAUAAGUGGUCGCCAUCUGUGGUUAAAAUUGCCUACAAGGGAACGCCCGCAAUGCGAAGGUCUCUGGUCCCUCAGCUCCGCAGCGGGAAGUUCAAUGUUCUCCUGACCACCUAUGAGUACAUCAUUAAGGACAAGCACAUCCUCGCCAAGAUCCGCUGGAAGUACAUGAUCGUGGACGAGGGCCACCGCAUGAAGAACCACCACUGCAAGCUGACGCAGGUGCUGAACACGCACUAUGUGGCCCCGCGGAGGCUGCUGCUGACCGGCACACCGCUGCAGAACAAGCUGCCUGAGCUCUGGGCCCUGCUCAACUUCCUGCUGCCCACCAUCUUCAAGAGCUGCAGCACCUUCGAGCAGUGGUUCAACGCCCCCUUCGCCAUGACCGGAGAGAGGGUGGACCUGAACGAGGAGGAGACCAUCCUGAUCAUCCGCCGCCUGCACAAGGUGCUCCGCCCCUUCCUGCUUCGCAGGCUGAAGAAGGAGGUGGAGUCCCAGCUGCCCGAAAAGGUGGAGUACGUCAUCAAAUGCGACAUGUCUGCCAUUCAGAAGGUCCUGUACCGGCACAUGCAGGGCAAAGGCAUCCUCCUGACUGACGGCUCAGAGAAAGACAAAAAGGGAAAAGGAGGUGCAAAAACGCUGAUGAACACCAUCAUGCAGCUGAAGAAGAUCUGCAACCACCCCUACAUGUUCCAGCACAUUGAGGAGUCGUUUGCAGAGCACUUGGGAUACCCAAAUGGCAUCAUCAAUGGACCAGAUCUGUACCGGGCCUCCGGAAAGUUUGAGCUGCUCGACCGCAUCCUGCCCAAACUGCAAGCCACCAAUCACAGGGUGCUGCUCUUUUGCCAGAUGACGUCUCUCAUGACCAUCAUGGAGGACUACUUUGCCUAUCGCAACUUCCUUUACCUACGCCUGGACGGGACCACUAAGUCGGAGGACCGUGCGGCCCUGCUGAAGAAGUUCAAUGAGCACGGCUCUCCGUACUUCAUCUUCCUGCUGAGCACCAGAGCUGGGGGCCUGGGCCUGAACCUCCAGGCCGCAGACACCGUGGUGAUCUUCGACAGUGAUUGGAACCCACACCAGGACCUGCAGGCCCAGGACCGCGCCCACCGCAUCGGGCAGCAGAACGAGGUGCGUGUGCUGCGCCUCUGCACCGUCAACAGCGUGGAGGAGAAGAUCCUGGCCGCCGCCAAGUACAAGCUCAACGUGGACCAGAAGGUCAUCCAGGCCGGCAUGUUCGACCAGAAGUCGUCCAGCCACGAGCGGCGGGCCUUCCUGCAGGCCAUCCUGGAGCACGAGGAGCAGAACGAGGAUGAAGAUAAAGGUCAGGUGGCUAUGGAGGAAGAUGAGGUUCCUGAUGAUGAAACUCUCAAUCAGAUGAUCGCUCGUAAUGAGGAGGAGUUUGAGCUUUUCAUGCGAAUGGACAUGGACCGGCGCCGCGAGGACGCCAGGAACCCCAAGCGCAAGCCGCGCCUGAUGGAGGAGGACGAGCUGCCCUCCUGGAUCAUCAAGGACGACGCCGAGGUGGAGCGCCUGACCUGCGAGGAAGAGGAGGAGAAGAUCUUCGGCCGUGGCUCCCGCCACAGGCGGGACGUGGACUACAGCGACGCCCUGACGGAGAAGCAGUGGCUGCGGGCCAUCGAGGACGGCAACCUGGAGGAGAUGGAGGAGGAGAUCCGGCUGAAGAAGCGCAAGCGCAGGAGACACGUGGACAAGGACUCCAGCAAGGAGGACGGCGAGAAGGCCAAGAAGAGGCGCGGCCGGCCGCCGGCUGAGAAGCUCUCCCCGAACCCGCCCAAGCUCACCAAGCAGAUGAACGCCAUCGUGGACACCGUCAUCAACUACAGGGACGGGUCAGGCCGACAGCUGAGCGAAGUCUUCGUCCAGCUGCCCUCCAGGAAGGAGCUGCCCGAGUACUACGAGCUGAUCAGGAAGCCUGUGGACUUCAAGAAGAUCAAGGAACGUGUCCGUAACCACAAGUACAGGAGCGUCGGGGACCUGGAGAAGGACGUCAUGCUGCUGUGCCACAACGCGCAGACCUUCAACCUGGAGGGCUCCCAGAUCUACGAGGACUCCAUCGUGCUGCAGUCAGUGUUCAAGAGUGCGCGGCAGAAGAUCGCUAAGGAGGAGGAGAGCGAGGACGAGAGCGCGGACGACGAUGACGAAGACGAGGAGUCCGAGUCCGAAUCAAAGUCAGUGAAGGUGAAGAUCAAACUCGGCAAGAAGGACGAGAGGAGUCACGACAAGGGAAAGAAGAGGCAGAGUCGAGGCAAGGCCAAGCCUGUGGUCAGUGACGAUGACAGCGAGGAGGACCAGGACGAUAAUUUCCAGAGGAAAAAGAUCAGUCCGAGGGAAGCGGGAGUGAUGAUGAGUGAGGAAGAGGAGAGCUGAUGCGCGACACAUUUUUUUAAAGCACUUGUUCCUGUGAUCGGUUUUUCCUUGAUUUUUCUUAAUCUUUUGAUAAACAGUGUCAUUUUCCCCCCCUAAACCCCUUCCCCUUCCAAGUCCAUCCAUUCAGAAUAUGUCACACCAGAGAAGCUGCAGACACAGAUGAACUUGUUAUACAGUAAGAACGUGUAAUAAAGAAAGAGCGACAAAGCCUGAUUAGGCAAGUAGUUCUGUGUACCCUGUGCAUGCUGCCGAUCGUUAACCGUGGGGAGAGAGAGCUUA